CCCUUGAUCGGAGAGUGGGUGUGACAAGAAUGGGUUGCAGCACUAAUCAUAGGGACUAGGGAGUACAAAAAACGAGUGAACCGAAACAGAGUUGAAUUAUGCAUCAGCUUCGUCAGUAACUUAGCAAGUUUUGCUCUAAGUAAAUUUACAAUUUAUGUUUCAGAAAUUUCCGCUUCGCUCUGAUUUCAACUGACUCUUCAAAGUUACUCUCUCAUCCGUUUCUUCACCUUCUGCUUAAGUUCUUGGCCACAUUUUGCCAGCACAAAUUCAAACUCUCAUUGCGUUUGGAUGUUGCAUUCUGUCGUCGUUAUCAGCUCUCCUUUCGCGUUGACAAGUGAAACUGCAAAUAUGCAAGCCUCAGCAUUUACAGUCAAAGGAGACGCUCGAUUUGGACGUCAGAUUCGCUAUCGGGGUUUAGAAGGAUCUAAAACCUUCAACGGCGGGAGGGGUUUAGCCCGUAGCAACCUCCACAUGACAGGGAGGACUAGUUGUUUUGGCGUCAAGCUCGACUCUGCUUCCAUGGGAAUCGAGCUAGGCAGGGCUCGUUUGAGGGUACAGAGUGUCUUCGGAGCAUCCGCCAAGCACAGGACGAUCACUGCUCACGCAUCUGAAGGAGAUAUCGACUCAGUCACACCCCUCAAAGGCAAAGAGAGGUCAUCAGGUUCAGUGCUUCCAUAUGUUGGUGUUGCGUGUUUGGGAGCAAUUCUUUUUGGAUAUCAUCUAGGAGUGGUGAAUGGUGCUUUGGAGUAUUUGUCCAAGGAUCUUGGUAUUGCGGAGAAUACUGUAGCACAAGGGUGGAUUGUUAGUGCAAGUCUUGCUGGAGCUACUUUUGGUUCAUUUACCGGGGGAACAUUGGCUGAUAAAUUUGGCAGAACAAAGUCAUUUAUUUUGGAUGCAAUUCCAUUAGCAAUUGGUGCUUAUUUAUGUGCCACAGCUCAGAGUGUAGAAACUAUGAUCGUUGGCCGCUUACUUGCUGGAUUAGGAAUUGGGAUCUCUUCGGCUAUAGUUCCUCUUUAUAUAUCAGAGAUCUCACCAACUGAAAUUCGUGGUACGCUGGGGUCUGUCAAUCAGUUGUUUAUUUGUGUUGGGAUUCUUGCAGCACUUGUUGCAGGACUGCCUUUAGCCGGAAAUCCACUGUGGUGGAGGACAAUGUUUGGUAUUGCUGUUAUUCCUUCUCUUUUACUUGCACUAGGAAUGGCCUUUUCUCCCGAAAGUCCUCGGUGGCUUUAUCAGCAAGGGAAGAUCCCUCAAGCUGAAACAUCAAUAAAAAGACUUUUUGGAAAAGAAAGGGUUACUGAGGUAAUGAAUGAUUUCAAUACAGCUUCUCAAGGCUCUUCAGAACCAGAUGCUGGGUGGUUUGAUCUUUUUAGCAGCCGGUAUCGGAAAGUUGUCAGUGUUGGGGCGGCGUUGUUUUUGUUCCAACAGUUGGCUGGGAUUAAUGCUGUGGUAUACUAUUCUACUGCUGUAUUUCGGAGUGCUGGAAUUACAUCUGAUGUAGCAGCGAGUGCUUUGGUUGGAGCAUCCAAUGUAUUUGGCACAAUUGUGGCAUCUUCUUUGAUGGAUAAGCAAGGAAGAAAGAGUCUUUUGCUUACAAGCUUUUCUGGAAUGGCGGCAUCAAUGCUAUUGCUUUCCCUGUCCUUUACAUGGAAGGCAUUGGCACCGUAUUCUGGGACACUUGCUGUUGUUGGCACUGUUCUUUAUGUCCUGUCCUUUUCACUUGGCGCUGGUCCUGUGCCUGCUCUUUUACUUCCUGAAAUAUUUGCCUCUAGAAUUAGAGCAAAAGCGGUAGCCUUGUCCUUGGGAAUGCAUUGGAUAUCGAAUUUUGUGAUUGGUCUGUAUUUCCUGAGCGUAGUUAAUAAAUUUGGGAUCAGCACGGUAUACCUGGGCUUUGCUUCGGUGUGUGCUCUUGCAGUAAUAUACAUAGCUGGGAAUGUGGUCGAGACAAAGGGUCGCUCUCUUGAAGAGAUAGAGCGGGCUCUCUGUCCAGCCUGAAAUAAUGUUAUAAUAACAUGGGGAAAGUAGUGCGCUGUGCGCCACCUGAAGAAAAUACUUAUGAUGUUUGCCAUCUUUCAGUGUAUGCCUCUUCUUCUUUGGUUGUACUUGUAAUUAUGAGAUGUGCAAACCAUUUGUUCUGCAAUUAACAUGGUAUGGUAACUCUGGAACCGGAACCAGUGGUCCUCGAAAGGAACCAAGCCACUCGUGUAAUGUUUUGGUUAAGGUUUCGGACUUUUGGGUUAACGAGGACCAAAAACUGUAGUUUUGGUUCUGGAUUGGAGUUUUCCCGCCACAACCAACAGUUUUGAAUCCGGAUCGGAUUUUAUUUUUAUUUUUUGGGACUUCCAGCACAAUAGUUGGCCCAAUUACUGAUGAAUAUCCAUUGAUAUCGGUGGGUGGUUGGGAUGCUGAAGAAUGUAAAAAGAAAAGGAGGUUAGGUACCAUCCGGAUUCCGGACCUUGAACUGUUGAACAGGAAGUGGUGUCUACCAUUCUGCCAGUUCUGGUUACAGUUCCCUUGUUCACAGAAAAAGAACUACCGGUUCUGGAAAUGGACUAAACCUCCCCGUAUCCAUAAUUCCAUAUGUAAUUGUAACUUGCAAGUCCAAUUUAACUGUGAAGGCGAGAAGGAAAUAAA